UCAUUUUCGUCUCUUGCCCAAAUAGCUCAAUCGAAAAACUUUUUUCGAUCCGUAUAAAUAAAAUUUCUGUCCUUUGCUCACGCAAGCAACAUUUAUUCGGUUUCAGAUCAUAUCCUAUUGACCGAAGAUGUGCUGUGGUCCCUGUGGAAGCGUUUCUUAUGCUUUGGCCUAUGGCCCGGUUGGUCCAGCGUUGCCUGCGAUGAAUUAUAAUAAUUGCUGUUGUGGCCCUUGCCCGCCAUGUGGUCCUUGGACCUGUCCACCCAAUAGAUGCUGCUGCUGCGGCGAACGUGGGUGUUUCGGACCAUUCUACUGAGCCCCUUCGUGCCCCAUCUAACCGACCGAGUGAACUGUUCACAAUAACAAAUUGUUGUGUAAGCUUGCAUGAGAGGAUGACGGAAAUUUUUUAAUUUUGGCUUUUUCUUGUAACAUUUAAUAAGUUCAAUGUUUCGUCAAUAAAGGAACCAAAUUUUAGAUUUAUC